AUGAAGCCGUUUAUCGACCGUAUCAUUGGCAUUUUCGGCGUGGAUGGCAAGAUCUGGAUUCGGGUCUACGAGAUCCGCGAGUCGGAGAAGGGCAGUAAGAAAGCCACAGAGACCCCAGAUGACAAGCCGGUCGUGAAGAGGGAUAAUCUACCGGACAUCUCGCUUGUCGAGAUCGGCCCCCGCUUCGUCCUGACGCCGAUCGUCAUCCUCGAAGGCAGCUUUGGAGGACCCGUCAUUUACGAGAACAAGGAGUAUGUCAGCCCCAACCAGGUCCGUCGCGAGAUCCGGCUGCAGAAGGCGGCUCGGCGUGCCCAGCGCCAGGAUAUGCAGACGGACCGCCUGAUGAAGAAGUCUACUUUGGGCUUGGCGGAGCAGGGGAAGAAACGGGAUGCGUUGGACACGCGGGAAGUGUUUGGAUGA